AUGUCUUUGCCAAGUGAAAGUCGUUGUAGCAGAGCAUAUAUUCCAUCAGAUUUUCGUGACUUGCGUGCGAAUUGGUGAGUUUUUACGCCAUUUGUCCAUCUCACGAUCUAUUUAUAUUAUACCCGAACAUUGUUAACUUUUACUGUGUGACUGUGAUAACAUUUAUAUCAUACUAGUAUAUAUUAAUUAUGUUUGUAGGCUAUCGAAUGUUUUUGUUGAGGACAAAUCAUGUCGUGUUAAAUGUUCAGAAGUGAUAGCGGAACUAACCAAUGCCUUUGAAGGAAUAUCAAAGAGAGAAUGCAGUUUUGUGAUUCGCAAACGCUUUCCCAACGUCAAAAGAAUUCAUAGCAGCCACGUGUACUAUUACACCGGUAUUCGCCGUCUAAUAGUGAGUCGUUUAACAACUGCUGAAAAUUCAACACUACAGCUAGUAGAUGCACAAGACCAAGGUAAUUAUUAAGUUACAUUCCAGAUUAAAUCAUCUUGGCCAGUCCAGACAACGAGACAAAUUAUUCUCAUAAAUUAGUCUAGAACCUGUCUGAACCUGUAUAGAUGUUUGUAUGUUUCAUUUUGAGCAUUUGGCACAUAUGCCAUGUUGACCGCCAUGGUCAUUUUACCCUAAAACAGUUAAGAUUACCUGUGCUAAAUGAAACGCACACAAACAUCUAUACAGGUCCUAGACUAAAUGGACUAUUGACUAUAUAAAAGGAUAUAUGUAUAUAUAUAUAUAUAUAUAUAUAUAUAUAUAUAUAUAUAUAUAUAUAUAUAUAUAUAUAUAUAUAUAUAUAUAUAUAUAUAUAUAUAUAUUAAGGUGCCCCUGAAAAGUGUUUUGUGCACCUGUCCCUAGAUUUGCAGCUUUUCCACAACCAAAACCUUGUUUGAAAACUGCCAUACUCUGCAGUUUGGUAUAUAUUCCCCACCCCUGGGACAGUUGCAUCUAUCAUAUACACUGUAUUUGAUUUGUAGUUGUUUCUAACAUAUAUUUAAUUUGUAUUGGGUUGUUCCAGAAAAGAUCCACACUCCCCACAGAGGAAAUUUUUGUCAUCCGGAGGGGGAAGGGAGAAAAAAUUGUUUCUGACAAUAGUAAACAUAUUAGGACAUCCGAGGGGGGGCCUCGAUCAACGGUAUCAAUCCAUCUACAUCUGUGAUAGGUACUGUACAUCAAUGAAAUCCCCACUGUUUCUGUGACCUCCCUUCCCGCCCCUCCCUCUUAGAGGUACUGUAUGUUGCCAAAGCUUAAUUAAAAUAAGAAUCAUCUUAUUGUAAAGAUCAAUAUUUUAGUCAGGUAGCAUUAAUAAUGCAAACCAUACAACUGCAGACUAUGUCGAGUGGUUUCAACUUUCAGGUUUGGUAUACACUCUACAGAGACUUUUUGUAUUAAAAUAUACAUUUAUUAAAUUAAUAAAAAAUAAACAGUUCAUGUGCUUUAUUGCACAAUAAAAAAAUUGAAAAAUUAGGCAAUGAAAACAAAUAUUAGGUUAACCCCAGGCACAAGAGAAAUGCCAUUUGGAGCACUGAUUAAUUUUUAACGUUAUUAACACAAAUGCGGAUACUGUUAGCCAAAAUGGCAAAUAAAUUAUUUUUGGAAAUAUUCUCAGUCCAUUUUGGUAUUCUUGGGUUUCACUAAGGCAUAAUGCAGUGAAUCUGAUGGGGGGUCAAUCUCAAAUAUAUUGAUGCUUAUGCUGUACUGGAGUGAGAAAAUGAUACAAAAUUCCAUGUAUUUCCCACCAAACACAAGGCUAAUACAUAAAACAGAUUCAACUCACUCUGAUAACUGUGUUUUGUUUUAGAGUUGACCCCCCCCCCCCAAUCACUUGUGACAUCAUAUGAAACCCAAGAAUAGAAGAUAUCAUUAUAAUAUUAUAAUAUAUAAUUAACUUGCUACCACGUUUUCUUUAUAGUUGACAAACAGAUAUCUGCAUGUAGCUCUCCAGAUUUAAUCCAAGAAAUACCUAGGAGCAUGUACAUCAAUAGAAUGGAACUAAUGGCAGAUAUACAAAAGUCGACGUAUAAAUUUCCAAAUGGCAAUUUUGGACAUCUUGAACUGCAACAUUAUCGAGGUUUUCCAGUUGGUGUUAGACAAUAUGAAACAAAUGUCAUUAAUGAAGCAAGAAUAGUGCUUAGUUUGCCCUCCCAUCCAGUGUUCCCUGUUUUGAUUGGUGUAUGUUGCGAUAUGAAACCUUACCUUUUAGUAACAAUGGUCUAUGGAAAUGUACACAAUGGAGUAUAUAUGUCUGUUUGUGGCUUAAUUGUGCAUUGUAGACAGCACAAUGAUAUUGACAUUCUGCAAAGGGUAUCAAUUUUGCUGGAAAUAGCAGAAGGGCUGUCUCUAAUGCAUUCAUGUGGAAUUGUUCAUGGUAAUCUCACUGUAGAAAACAUCAUUCUACGAAAAGAAAAAGGAAGGUCCCAUACUUUUUCUCCUGUUUUUUUGAACCUUGAAAAAGCCAAAGCUUUGGAGCGAAGUUGUCAUGAUAUUGAAUAUCAACAAGAUUUUGAAAUGUUUAGUUUUAUUAUAGAUAAAAUAAUUGAUGUAUACAAUUUGAAGGAUGUUUCUAAUUUGGCUGGCCUUAAUACAUUACAAUUGGUUAAGAAAGUUCCAGUCAAUGGCAGUCUAUCCCAG